AUGAAAGUCGUUAAUAUCGGCACACGGCGUUCGCAAUUGGCCAUCGCCCAAGUCGACAUGAUCGUCAAACACCUCCAGACCUUUGCACCAGGCCCCGAAUACCAAUCCCAAGUGGUCAGCACAAUGGCCGACGAGAACCAAGUCAAAUCAUUCCAAGAAUUCAACGCCAAAAGUAUCUGGACCGAGGAGCUGGAGAAACUGUUGAUGGAAAAGAAACUCGAUGUGAUCGUUCAUUGCUUGNNAAAGGUAGAUGUACCGACCAUGUUGCCUGAGUCUUGUAUCUUGGGUGUCAUCUGCGAACGCGAAGACCCUCGUGACGUGAUGGUCAUCAAGAAAGAUUCAACCUACAAAACUCUACAAUCGCUUCCUGCUGGCUCUAUCGUUGGCACCUCUUCGGUGCGCAGAAAGGCCCAGAUCAUGCGACACUAUCCUCAUUUGAUAUGUGAGGAUGUCAGAGGCAACCUCAACACACGCCUCCGUAAAUUGGAUGCCGAUGACAGCCCUUAUGCGUGUUUGAUUCUUGCUGCUGCGGGCUUGAAGCGUAUCGAUCUUGGUCAUCGUAUCACGCAGUACCUAGGUCCGGAGGAUGGUAUGUUGUAUGCUCCUGGUCAAGGUGCGUUGGCUUUGGAGGUCAGAGAAGGUGAUGCGGAGACGAUGCAACUCUUGAGCUCGUUGUCUCAUCAAACAACGACAUUGGCGUGUCUUGCCGAGAAGAGUCUUCUGAGAACGCUCGAGGGCGGAUGCAGUGCACCCGUCGGCGUACAUACUGACUGGGAAGGCGAUGUGUUGGUCUUGCACUCUACCGUGACCAGUCUCGACGGCAAGCAGAUGGUAGAGAUGAACUUGAAGCAUGUGGUCAAAACUAUUGUUGAGGCAGAAUGUCUUGGAAAAGAAUUGGCGGACAAGAUGAUAGCGCAGGGCGCAAACACAAUUCUGGAAGAAAUCAGAGCUGGUCUCAGAUGA